AUGUCUACUACAACAUCUACAAAAUUUUUAAAAUCCUUAUCAACCGAUUUUACCAAAUUACUUUUUAAUGCUGAGGAUUAUAAUGUUAUUAUUAAAGUUGGAGACUCGAACUUUAAAGCACAUUCUUGUAUUUUACGUGCUAGGUCUCCUUAUUUUCAUUCAGCUUUAUCUAGAGAUUGGGCUAUGAAAGAAGGAAAUAAUAUUAUUUUUGAAAAACCAAAUAUCUCCCCUAAAAUUUUUGAAAUGAUAUUAAGUUAUUUAUAUUCUGGUACCAUUUCUCUUGAACAAGAACAUCCAACAACUAUCUUGGAUUUAUUGACAGCAUCAGAUGAAUUAAUUCUUUUAGAAUUAUUUACUCAUGUAAAAGAAUAUUUUUUCGAAAAACAUAAUAAAUGGAUUAGACAACAUCCUCUUCAAAUUUUAUAUCAUACAAUUUUUCGUAUUGAAAAUUGUUUAGAAUUACAAGAUUUAUGCUUGGAAAUAAUUUGUGAAAAUCCUGAAUUAGUAUUUGGUACAACAGCUUUUACAGCUAUAGAAGAAUCUGUUUUAAUCUCAAUUCUUAAAAGAGAUGAUCUUCAAAUGGAUGAAAUUGAUUUAUGGGAUUAUUUAAUUCAAUGGGGUAUCGCUCAUACUUUUAAUAUUAAAUCAUCAUCAAAUUUCAAUCCUUCUUUAUUAUCACAAAAUGAUCUUUUAGAAUUAUCAGAAACCUUAAAAAAUUGUGUUCCUUAUAUUAGAUUUAAUCAUAUAAAUAUUAAAGAUUUACCUUCAAGAUUGAAACCUUUUGAAAUUUUAUUAUUAAAUCAUAAAAAAAUUUCAUCAAUAACUUAUAACAAUAAUUCAUUAAUUAAUAAUAUUAAUAAUGAAAUUACUUCUUUUCCACUUGAUUCAAAAAUUAUUAAAUUAAAACAUGUAGCUCAUAUAGCUCGUUGGAUAGAUCAUCAAGAAGAUAAAAAUAAUAUUCGUGAUUAUAGAAGACUUCCUAUUUAUGAUUUUAAAAUACUUUUACGUGGUAGUAGAGAUGAUUUUAGUGCAAGUACUUUUCAUAAAUUAUGUGAUAAUAAAAAUGCUACAGUUAUUAUUAUUAAAGUUUUUGGUACAAGAGAAAUUAUUGGAGGUUAUAAUCCUAUUAGUUGGAAAGGUGGAUUUUUUGGUUCUUGGAUGAAAUCACAAGAUAGUUUUAUUUUUUCUUUAGGUGACGGAGAAAAUAAUUUAAGAGAAUCUUCAAAAUUAUGUAGAAUAAAACCUGAAAAUGUAAAUAUGGCAGUAUUUUGUGCUAAUAUGAGAGGUCCUUGUUUUGGUUAUCGUGAUUUAUGGAUGCCUAAUUUUAAUAAUUUGGCUAUAAAUUGUGAUAGUGAUUGUAAUUAUUAUAAUGGUAAAAUUAUUGAACCAAAAAAUUUUGAUAUUGAAGAUUAUGAAGUUUUUCAAAUUAUUAAAAGAGAAUGA